AUGUCAACACAACAAGAACAACCCCCACCAAGUUAUGAGCAAGCUACUGCACCCACCACCGACAAUAGCCAUGCUGUCUCCACUGAUAAUCUUACUCUGGAUCAAGACGACUGUGAUGAAAAAUCAGGCUCUUUAACAGCCUUAACAUGUUGUUCAGCCCUUGCUUCUGUAGCAGAAUGCUGUUUUAUAUGCUUAUGCACUGUGGUGGCAUGUGGUGGUGGAUCCUAA